UCAAGCUCAGCCCCCUGGUAUCGUUUUCUACCUUUCGCGCCUUCCUGUUCUCGCUCAGUUUCUCUUCUCAGUUCUCUGUUUUGCUCUUCCUUAUGUAAUCUUCAGGUCUCCAAAGCUGCCGGAGUUUAUUGCAGGUACUCUUGUGUUUUCGAUGAAUUCAUUCCGGUGUUUAAUUUAUUGGCCUUUCAAGUUCUCGUUCUUUUUCAGUUUCUGUUGUACUCAAUCUCUCUCGGAGCCAUUAUUUGAACCGAUUAUUGGAGUUGUAAUUUCGUCCUGUUUUGAUGAAGUCUUCAUCAUUCCUCACUAGGUUUACUACGUGAACUCAACUUGCCCCUAAUUCCUUACUGUUGCUUGUUGUUACUAGCAUUGCGUUUUAGAGAUGAUACGGGGACGGCCCUGUAAAUAUUACCUAUCUGUGAACUUCAGGAAUCUGGUGACGACUUGUACAGUCCCACUUGAUCCUCCAGUUACUUCGAGUUCCUCUUCUGCUAGCGAACACAAGACUUUGUGCUAUUCCUUAGUGGAUCAACUAAUUCGUCGUGGCUUGUUUUUGCCGGCGCAACAAGUGAUACAACGAAUUGUAACGCAAUCUUCUUCAAUUUCUGAAGCUAUUUCUAUUGUUGACUUCGCUGCUGAACGGGGUUUGGAGCUUGAUUUGGCUACCCAUGGUGUGCUUUGCCGGCAGCUUGUCUAUUCUAGGCCCCAGUUGGCUGAACUGCUGUACGACAAAAAAUUUACAUUCGGAGGUGCUGAGCCAGAUGCGUCAGUUUUGGACUCUAUGGUAACCUGUUUCUGUAGGCUAGGAAAAUUUGAGAAGGCACUGGCCUAUUUUAAUCAACUUCUGUCGUUAAAUUAUGUCCCAAGUAAAUCUUCAUUUAAUGCUAUCUUUCGAGAGCUUUGUGCGCAAGAAAGGGUUUUAGAGGCAUUCGACUAUUUUAUGAGAGUCAAUGGAGCUGGUGUUCACUUGGGGUAUUGGUGUUUUAAUGUCUUGAUAGAUGGGCUAUGCAAUAAGGGGCAUAUGGAGGAAGCUCUUGAAUUAUUUGAUAUAAUGCAAAGCACUAAUGGUUAUCCUCCGUCGCUGCAUUUGUUUAAGUCAUUGUUUUAUGGCCUUUGUAAGAGCAAGUGGUUAGUGGAGGCAGAGUUGUUGAUCAGAGAAAUGGAGUUUCGGAGCCUACAUCCUGACAAGACUAUGUAUACUUCUUUAGUUCAUGAAUAUUGCAAAGAUAAGAAAAUGAAAAUGGCAAUGCAAGCCUUUUUUAGAAUGAUAAAAAUAGGCUGUGAACCAGAUAAUUAUACAUUAAAUACACUGAUCCAUGGGUUUGUGAAAUUAGGUUUAGUCGAUAAGGGUUGGUUGGUAUAUAACCUUAUGGCAGAGUGGGGAAUCCAACCUGAUGUGGUAACUUUUCACAUCAUGAUUAGUCAGUAUUGUCAAGAAGGGAAGGUUGACUUUGCAUUAACGAUUUUGAAUAAUAUGGUCAGCUGCAACAUUUCUCCUAGCUUGCAUUGUUAUACAGUUUUGAUUAAUGCUCUGCAUAGGGAUGAUAGGUUAGAAGAAGUCAGUGAAUUGCUGAAGAGUAUGCUGGACAAUGGAAUCAUACCUGAUCACGUGCUUUUCUUUACCCUUAUGAAGAUGUAUCCAAAGGGACAUGAACUUCAGCUUGCUUUAAAUGUUUUGGAGGCCAUUUUAAAGAAUGGGUGUGGGUGUGAUCCUUCUGUAAUCUUAGCCAGUACAAAGUUGCAAACAUCAAGCAAUCUGGAGCAAAAAAUUGAAACGCUGCUGCAAGAAAUUUUCAAUAGCAACUUGAAUCUAGCAGGUGUGGCAUUUAGUAUUGUCAUUUGUGCCUUAUGUGAGACCGAAAAUUUGGAUUGUGCUUUGGAUUACUUCCAUAAAAUGGCAAGUCUCGGAUGCAAGCCUUUGCUCUUUACUUAUAAUUCCUUAAUUAAAUGUCUUUGCAAGGAGGGGCUUUUUGAGGAUGCCUUGUCUCUAAUUGAUCAUAUGCAGGAAUUUAGUUUGCUUCCAGAUACCACAACAUAUUUGAUUAUUGUUAACGAGUAUUGUAGGAAGGGUAACGUUCAAGCAGCAUAUUAUAUUCUUAGAAAAAUGAGGCAGAGGGGAUUGAAACCGAGUGUUGCUAUUUAUGAUUCAAUAAUUGGUUGUUUAAGUAGGAAAAAGAGAAUUUUUGAAGCAGAAGGAGUUUUUAAGAUGAUGCUUGAAGCGGGUGUGGAUCCGGAUAAGAAUUUGUAUUUGACAAUGAUCAAUGGCUAUGGUGAAAAUGGAAAGCUUCUUGAAGCUCGUGAAUUGUUUGAGCAAAUGGUUGAGAAUUCUAUUCCACCAAGCUCUCAUAUUUAUACGGCACUGAUUAGUGGUUUGGUUAAAAGAAAUAUGACUGAUAGAGGAUGUUUAUAUCUGGGCAAGAUGUUAAGAGAUGGGUUUUCACCUAAUGCUGUAUUGUAUACCUCUCUUAUCAAUCAUUACCUAAAGAUCGGGGAGGUUGAAUAUGCCUUUCGAUUAGUUGAUUUGAUGGAAAGGAGCCACAUUGAACCCGAUGUUAUCUUCUAUAUCACAUUAGUCAGUGGUAUUUGCAAAAAUUUAAUUGUCGACAAGAAAAAAUGGUUCCUGCUAGAGAAAGAGAAUCAAAAGGCAAAAAGUACGUUGUUUCAUAUGCUCCAUGAAACAACUCUUGUUCCAAGGGAUAAUAAUAUGAUAGUUUCUGCUAAUUCUACUGAAGAAAUGAAAUCCUUGGCAUUGAAGCUUAUCCAGAAGGUUAAAGAUGUAUGCAUUGUACCUAACUUGCAUCUGUACAAUAGCAUAAUAUGUGGAUAUUGUCGGACAGAUAGGAUGCUGGAUGCCAAUCAUCAGUUGGAAUUGAUGCAAAAAGAAGGGUUGCAUCCAAACCAGGUUACUUUCACGAUUCUUAUGGAUGGGCAUAUUCUUGCAGGUGAUGUUAACUCUGCCAUUGGGUUGUUUAAUAAGAUGAAUGUAGAUGGGUGUAUUCCAGAUAAAGUUGCAUACAACACUUUACUGAAAGGCCUUUCCCAAGGAGGGAGACUUUCUGAUGCAUUGGCACUCUCACAUACAAUGCAUAAAAAGGGUUUUCCCCAAGUAUACUAGGUUAUCGUAAUUUUGUGAGGAAUUGAUGCAUGAUAAACUCUUGCCUCACUGGAAAAGAUGCAAAUCGGCCGUCCACAUCCUGUGUGGAGAAAAUCAUUGCAGGAAGCCUGUUUUGCUUUUAAUAUAAAGCUUGAGAGGAGCACACACACAAAAAAAAAAAAAACCAAAUAGGUAUUUGGUGGAUUCAUGGAUGAAAUUAGAUGGGUCAUCAUCGUAUAAAAUGCAAUAUCAAGACAGACUCAGACAUGACACAAUCAUUGAAAACGGAGAUGUUCAUUUGUAGCUGUUUGACUUUAGCAAGAUCCUUGUCUGCAACACUUUCCCAUGGAAAUCUUGGAAUUUGCAAUGUAUAGCUUCCUCUAGAGCCUCUCCUACUAUCUUCUGGUUACCCGACCUGUCCUGAGCCACCUCAAGGUCCGACUUUGUUGAUGACUGCAGUAUCCUUUGUCACCACCAAAAAGCCAACUUGGAAAGCCCUUUUUAUAUGUUUCCUUCCCCAGGCCAGCUGAAGCAUUGUUAAUAGCCAAGCUGUUGCUUAUCAGCUUUGUGACAUUGUUCGAUGUGAUCAGCGGCAAUACAUAAUCCGAAACAUUAAGCUCAGCAAACCCUGUGCGGCAUGUUUCAAGGUUUGUUAGAGCAGUAAUGAGCAGGCUUGGAUAUCUAACGAAGUACAUUUAGUAGAUGAAUCUAGAGCGUGGUUGAGCUGAAGGAUGGUGUUUCGGUAGAGCUUCAAGCAAUCAGCCAAAGCAAGCCUUUUCCUUCCCAUUUUGGCACUUUGAAUUGACACCCUUAGUGUGGCUUUCGGCACUCAGGGCUCUCUCCAUGGCAGAUUGGAUGACCUUUGGGCGCAGCCUUGCUGCCAUGGUUGAAAAAGUGCUCGCAGGUUGUUGGGUACGUGAUUUUUCCACACCACCAAUCAAUGUCAUUAGAGGCUUGCUUGGGAAAGGCUGGUGAAGUCAGUAAAAAGAACUAAGAAACAAGAGCAUCCCGAGACUCCUCUCCAUUGAAAGAGCAGACCUUCCUUGCUUUGAUGAUGCUAUGCUAGCUCACUCAGGUUUGGUUACGUGGGAAAGAAGAGACAGGUUGGCUGAGUUUGAACAUGGAGAAAAUAAUGCAGUUUCAAUGAUCAAAAUCCGAAACUUCCAUUCAUGUGUCAAACAUAUAUCUGCACCAGAACUCCUAACUUCGUCAAACUAUGCUCAACUCAUCGAAUUAGAAUUAAAUUAUUUUUUGACAUUCAUGCUAGUAGUUGGACCUGUAUUGAAACUAUGCUCUUUUGUGGCUUUGUGGAACGAAACCACGUUGUUGGAAGA